AUGGCCACGGCGAUGGUGCCAUUCGCCAGCGUGUUGCACGGCGGGAGGUGGUACGUGAAGGGGCUUGGCGUGUCACAGCAGGUGCUGAGCCAGGUGUACUCACCGGAGUACGACGCGUGGUCGGUCAUGCUCGACGGCAUGGUCAUCGGCUGGAGGAGCCCCAGUGCGUGCCUCGACGGCGGGCUCUAUGCCGCCGACUGCAAGGACGACUGCCGGCUGAGGGCCUACGACGAGGUCAUGGACGCGUGGACCACCUGCAUUGACAGCAAGCAGCCAGAGCCGACCCUGAGGGGGGUCGAGCGGGGCGGCCGCCCCGGGCCCCCAAAAUCGAGGGGCCACUCCUCGUGUACCUAUGUAUAGUAUGCAUGCCUAACAAUACGAUAACAGAUAGAACUAUGU